AUGAAAGUUGUGUUGUUUGUGUGUAUGUUGACCGUGGUCACUGCUGGAGAGGCGGACAGGGAGGUAAACAACAUCAAUUCCGUCAUUGAGCACCUCAAGGCAAUACGAUCAGAUCUGGUUGGAAUGGACCAUCAGACCAACAAGAAAUUCCCUGAUGAUGUCACUGAUUUGUCAAAAAUGAACAGUGAUGACGAAGACAAGUAUGUUGUUUGUACACUGGCUGACGCCGCCGAGACGUCUCAGAUCUCCUUAGACGACAUCAGCACAUCCAAGUAUCAAGACAAACACACCAUCAGACGGCGCUCUAUCGACUGCAAACAAGACGCCCGCUACCGGACAAUGGACGGAAGUUGCAACAAUGCUCGCUGGCCAACCUGGGGAUCCACCAACCAACCAUUCAAGAGAUUUAUUGAUCCUGCAUAUGAUGAUGGCAAGUUCGUUCCCCGAAUGAGAGGCGUUGAUGGUUAUCCCCUUCCCAGUCCACGUGCCAUCAGUGUGGCCGUACAUCCGGGAGUUGACAGUCCUUCUAACGACCACACAGUGAUGGUGAUGCAGUGGGGGCAGUUUGUGGACCAUGAUCUCACCGGAACCCCUCUCCAUGCAGAUACCCGGGAACAGUUGAACCUACUGACGUCCUUCGUGGACGCCUCUAACGUGUACGGCCUCAGUCAGGAUCAGAUCAAUCACCUCAGGAACGGACGUGACGACCGUGUGAACGUGUUCCCUGGUCUGGCCGUGCUACACACCGUGUUUGUCCGAGAACACAACCGUCUUGUCAAAGAACUUGCUGAUGUCAUGCCAUCGACCACUCCUGAUGAUGUCUUGUUUGAGGAGGCCAGAAAGAUCGUGUCAGCCAUCAUCCAACAAGUCACCUACCGCGAAUGGUUGCCCAUUAUUGUUGGGCCCUUGGCCAUGAGGAAGUACAGACUGACCCCUGGCUUCAGCUUCAGGUACAACAUCACCCAAAACCCCACCAUCUACAACGUCUUUGCCACCGCCGCCUUCAGAUACGGCCACUCCACCAUUCCACGUUUCCUUACCCUCGGAGAUCGACAUGUACCAAUAGAACAGCUCUUCAACAGACCUUCUGAAGUCAUCAAAGAUUUGGACACCGUGCUGAAGGCUAUCCUCAAGGACAGACAUCAGGAGGUUAACCGCUUCAUCAACAGUGGGAUGACUGAGCAUUUGUUUGAGACGUCGGGCAAUAACGGCUUUGACAUCGUGUCCUUAAACAUUCAGAGAGGUCGUGACCAUGGCCUGCCAUCAUACAACAGCUUCCGCAAGGCAUGCCAGCUAUCGGAAGUGACUUCAUUUGAUGACAGUGUAUUUGGUAAAGCAGGACCUGCUUUAAAAAGUGUAUACAGUUCCCCUGAUGACAUCGACAUAUUUACCGGUGCAGUAGCUGAACAACACUUGCAUGGCGGUGCAGUGGGCCCACUCCUCGCUUGUCUGAUUGGUCAACAGUUUCAUGAUCUGAAAUAUGGCGACUCAUUCUGGUUCGAAACAUCUCAUCCAAGAAAGGGCUUUACAUCAGGACAACUGCCUGAGAUCCGACGAAUGCGCUUUGCUAAAAUUCUUUGUAGGAAUUCAGGAGUGAAGUCCAUCCAAAGAGAUCCUUUUACAGUGUACUCAAAAGAAAGCAAUCCCAUGAUACCCUGCAACGAUCUUCCAACAAUCGAUUUAACCAAAUGGCGGAGAUGAGAAGUUGCUUGGCCUGCCCUUAGGUUCAACAAUGAACCUGAUUACUUGAAACAUAAGAUUUUUUGCGUGUGAGGUGUUCCAACACUUAUAUCUCACACUACUGGUCGUGGUUUGUAAGAUGCAUAAAUCACAGAGUACAUUACAUUUUUGACAUUUUUGUUCAGUUGUCUUCAUAGUAAAUAUGUAAUGCCAAGAACAUUUGGGUAUGGCAUUUCACUAAUAAUGCUGGAAUUAUUAACUGAAAUGUCAGUUAAGAUUAUACCUGAUUAUAAUGCCUACACUUAAUGAGAACAAAACAAAUUGGUAACUAAUUAAGUGUGUGAAUCCAUCAGUCACACCAUCAAAGCGUUUAAUCACAGUAUACAAGUUGCAUUAAUAUUGGCAGUGUAUGUUUAUGGCAUUGUAUAAUAUAUUUGUCAAGGGCAUAAACAUAUUCUACAUGUUUGACUUGCACUAUUUCAUAGACCUAUGAAGGAGGUGUAUUUUAUUCUUUGUCAUUGUAUGAUAUUGUAUAAUAUAUUGUUGAUGUCGUGCUUAAAAAUUUAGACCCGUGAAGAUUCCGGGGUAGAAUAGGUCUUCAGCAACCCAUGCUUGCCGUAAAUGGUCACUAUGCUUGUCGUAAAAGGCGACUAACGGGAUCGGGUGGUCAG